AUGGUUGAAGCAACAACUUUAACAACUCAAAGGGUUGGGGUUGGGGUUGAGGUAAACGCAACGCCAGAAAAAUAUUUGUAUUUAUCUUCUUUCAUAUUCAAGUCGUCGCAGCAAUGUCGUCGGAAGGCACCAUCGGACUUCCACCGGAGAUCGUCACCUGCAUACUCCUUCGUCUUCCGGCCAAGUCUCUUGGCCGAUUCAGCACUAGUACCAAGGCCCAAGAAGCUUCGUUUCGACUUACAUCAUGUCGUCUUCACCCUCUACGGUUGUUGCAACGGCCUUGUUUUGGUAUCUGCUCAUAACUUCGAUGGUCUUCAUUCGCUCGUCAUUCUAAACCCUACAACUAGGGAAAUCAUGGAAUUGCCGGAAUCCAAUUACGAGGUAAUAAGUAAUCGGUCAGAAAUCGAAAUCGUGUAUGGAUUUGGGUAUGAUUCCUUGACUGAUGAUUACAAGGUUGUUACCAUAUCUUACUUUCAUAAUCACCAUCUCAUUCCUCCUGAUACUAUGUCUGUUCAUGUUUAUAGCCUUAGAACCAAUACUUGGAGGUGGGUAACUGAUUCUCCUUAUGAUUUCUCUUAUGGGAAAUUUGUGUCGGGUGUUUUUCUUAAUGGGUUUCUUCAUUGGAUUGCUAAAAAGGGUUCUGAUUCCUUACCAGUGACUGUUGCUUUUAGUUUAGCAGAUGAUACAUUCAUUCAACUGCCAUCACCCAAUUUGUGUAAUGAUGUUCAUAUCAUGUCUAGGAAUGAUUGUAAAUUGGUUGUUCUUGAUGGAAAGCUUGCUAUUCUCAUGGAUGAUGAGAUUUGGUUGAUGAAACAAUAUGGGGUAAGGGAAUCUUGGACAAAGAUUUCAAUCCAUGGACUUGAUGGAAUUCCAAUGGUUGAACCAAUGUUUUUAGAUGAGAAUGGCAAGAUUCUGUUGGUUAGCAGAAAUCUCAUGUUGAUGUGUGAUGUUGAAGAAAGAAGUUUAUGGCAAAGUGUACAUACUUCUCAGAAUCUGAAAGAUUUGAAGCUUAGAGGAACUUACAUCGAAAGCCUUGUUUCGCCAAAAUUCAGCAUCUGAAAGAGGUUUAAUAACCACCAAUAGAAUUUAGCGCAUUCGAGCACAGAUACAUGCCCAGAAUUUUGUAUAGAUCUAUUUGAAAUGAAAUUGUUGUUGACAUCUUUGUGGGAUUAUGCUGUAAUUGAAUGUAGUUGAGUUUUGGGAUUCUUCUAUGGAUUUAGGAUUCACUCUGGCCUGCUGCUUUCUGCAUAUUCUUGAUGAAAUGGAAAAUGUGUAUGCAGCAAUAAAAAAUCCCAUAAACUAGUUCUCAAAAGCUACUUCAAGUAGGUUUUCAAUAAGCUAUAGGGUUUCUGUUUCUUUUUCGUAUUAUGCCAAAUUUGUAUUUUUCUGGCUAUUUUUUCAACAAGGCAUUUGAGAUCAUUUUACAUUGUUAUC